CAGUUUCUGGUGACAUUUGAUUUAGAGGAAGACAGUGCAGAAUGGCGAUCGCAUCAGUCUGUCUAAUGCUCGCCACACUGAGUGUCACUCCCAACAGAUAUCUGUUCUUUUCAUAUGACAAAAUCUCUCUGAGAUGUGAGACACCAGCAAACUCCAGCAGCAGCUGGACAGUGGUGAGAAACACCACCAAGAGGACCAAUCAGCCCUGUCAGUAUGGCUGGGCAAUUCCCGGUGACUCCUCCUGCACCAUUGAGGACACCUACCCAUCAGAUACCGGAGUGUACUGGUGUGAAUCCAAGCAGGGAGAGUGCAGCAACACCAUCAACAUCGAAGUGACCGAUGGUGUCGUGAUCAUUGAGAGUCCUGCACUUCCUGUGAUGGAGGGAGAUAAAGUGACACUUCGCUGUUCCUACAAGGAAGAAGACCAUCCAAAAUCUACAUCAGACUUCUCUGCUCACUUCUACAGGAAUUAUUCUUUCAUCAGCACUGAGGCUGCAGGAACAAUGAUCCUAUCACCAGUGUCCAAGUCUGCACAUGAAGGUUUCUACCACUGUGUACACCCCACAAAGGGAAUGUCACCGCGGAGCUGGUUGGCAGUGAGAGCCACAGACAAAGUUCAGCCCAUAAGUGUUUCUACCACCACCUCUCCUCCUGUCAUGACUGUGCCCAGGGUGGUGUGUACCACCCUGGUGCUUUUCCUCUACACUGUCAUCAUGAUAGUGUGUAUCUACAUGUACCGAAAGUGGGCCCGAGGUAAGAGCACCUCUGAGAAUGCUAAUAUUAGUAGACUAUAUUCAUCUCA